CUGGAUUUAUCGUCAUUUACACACAAACGGAAUCGAUAAAUUUAAAUGUAGAUGGAAAAAAUUUAAAAUAAUGUGGAGAGCGCAAAAGUUUUGCUGUUGUAUAAGCUUUCAAAUUGGCUGCGCAAUCGUAUCAUUUGUAACCUUUUCUUUGUGUAUCGUGCACCUGGUUGAAUUCUUCAGAGUACAGGAUAUUGGUGUUGCUUAUGCAUCAGACUGGAUAAAUGUUCUUUGGGGAAUGUUACAUUUGGUGGCCGCUAUGUGUUUAUCAUAUUCUGUUCUGGUGAGAGCUCUCAUCUCUAUUUUGAUUUACAUAAUAAUCGAGGCGGCUUACGUGAUUUACGUGAUUAUUUAUACCUCGGUAUCCUGUGCUUUGGGAACAAAUACCUAUGCAAACUAUAGUCUCACGUACAGUAUUGUAUUGUGGAUAUUUGUAGUCCUAAUUUGCGUGAUAACCAUGUAUUUUCUUUACAUUGUAACAUCAUAUUAUUUCCUUAGAAGGCAACAGCGCAAUGAUGAAAAUCAAAAGGUUUAGCACAAAUUUAAGAUGUUUCCCAAAAGUAUACCCUCAAUAAAAAGAUUAUAAGGAUUCCUGGAAUUUAUUUUAUUCAAUCAUAUUUAUUUUUUUAAACUACUAUUUUAUUUUUAAUUUAUAAAAAAGUAUUGGCAAACUAUGGUUCUUUACAUGAUAA